AUGGCACUGAAGGAUGCGGGCAGUGGCGGCAGCACCAUUCUACCAAUUAGCGAAAUGGUCUCCUCGUCCAGCUCUCUAGGCGCGCCGCUAGCCGUCACCCCGGGGCCCGGCGCUCCCUCGCCCUUCCCGGAGGUGGUGGAGUUGAACGUGGGCGGCCAGGUCUAUGUGACCAAGCAUUCCACGCUGCUCAGCAUCCCGGACAGCACUCUGGCCAGCAUGUUCUCACCCUCCAGUCCUCGGGGCGGUGCCCGGCGCCGGGGCGAGUUGCCCAGGGACAGCCGGGCGCGCUUCUUCAUCGACCGGGAUGGCUUCCUCUUCAGAUAUGUGCUGGAUUAUCUGCGGGACAAACAGCUUGCACUCCCGGAGCACUUCCCUGAGAAGGAGCGACUCCUGCGCGAGGCCGAGUACUUCCAGCUCAGCGACCUGGUCAAGCUGCUGUCACCCAAGGUCACUAAGCAGAACUCGCUCAAUGACGAGGGCUGCCAGAGCGACCUGGAGGACAAUGUCUCCCAGGGCAGUAGCGAUGCGCUUCUGCUGCGUGGGGCCGCAGCCGCCGCCCCCUCGGGUCCGGGUGCGCCCGGCGGUGGCGCUCUGGACAAGCGCUCCGGCUUCCUCACGUUGGGCUACCGCGGCUCUUAUACCACGGUGCGCGAUAACCAGGCAGACGCCAAGUUCCGGCGCGUGGCGCGCAUCAUGGUGUGUGGGCGCAUUGCUUUGGCCAAGGAGGUCUUCGGGGACACGCUCAAUGAGAGCCGCGAUCCAGACCGGCCGCCUGAGAAGUACACGUCCCGCUUCUACCUCAAGUUCACCUACUUGGAACAGGCGUUUGACCGCCUCUCCGAGGCCGGCUUCCACAUGGUGGCGUGUAACUCCUCUGGCACUGCCGCUUUUGUCAACCAGUACCGUGACGACAAGAUAUGGAGCAGCUACACCGAGUACAUCUUUUUCCGACCACCUCAGAAAAUAGUGUCUCCAAAACAAGAACAUGAAGAUAGAAAGCAGGAAAAAGUUACAGAUAAAGGAAGUGAAAGUGGGACUUCCUGUAAUGAGCUCUCUACUUCCAGUUGUGACAGCCAUUCAGAAGUGAGCACUCCACAGGACAACCCAUCCAAUGCCCAGCAGGUGACAGCUCACCAACCCAAUACCUUAACAUUGGAUCGUCCCUCCAAAAAAGCACCUGUGCAAUGGAUGCCACCGCCAGACAAACGCAGAAACAGUGAACUCUUUCAGACACUCAUCAGCAAAUCUCGGGAAACAAAUCUUUCUAAGAAGAAAGUCGGUGAGAAGCUAAGUGUGGAAGAAGAAAUGAAAAAGUGUAUUCAGGAUUUUAAAAAAAUCCAUAUUCCAGAUUAUUUUCCAGAGCGCAAACGUCAGUGGCAGUCUGAACUGUUACAAAAGUAUGGGUUAUAG